AUGGAAGUAGACCAUCAACCAGAGGGUAUGGAGGAGGUGGCGAUAGAAAAAGUGACGGUGGAAAAACUUAUGGCAAAGGUAAAACUCAUGGAAGUGGUUAUGGAAAUGGCGGUGACGAAGAAGAUAGAUAUGCCCCCGAAGCUAUGCUUGCGGAAACCAGUGUUGGUAAGAUGCUCUCCUCUUCACCACUCUAAUGGUUUCUCAUCUGCUUCAUUGCCGCAAUCACAAACCCUUCCUUUAACCAUCUUAUGCGCUGAUCCUUGUAGAUCACAUCUCGUAAGACCCAUGGUCAGGAGGGAUGGUGACAUGGAUGCUCUUGAUUACGAGAUGCCUAGUGAUUUUAUGGAGGUAACGAAAAUGAUAGGAACAUCCAAUGGAUGGAUAACGUCUUUGGUGGACGGCAUUGUGCAAAUCCGGGAACACCCGGGGAAGAAUCCUAAACAGGUGAGAACCAUUUUUUUACCUCCUCAUGUAACGCUGCCUCUAUGCCAAGCCCAAAUGGCCACCAACGUGGCAAUGUCCUCAUCUUCUCCGUUGAAAGAGGAGUGUGCUGUGGCUGUCAAGUUCUUGGGACCUCAACUAAGCAUUUGUAAACCGGCUCAAAGCAACGCCGAUCGCGAGUGGAUCAACAUCAGAAUCUCAAACCCUUGUUUCUUUUCCUCCCCUGUCAUGUAUUCGGAGAAAGAGGACAUGUUUCGCAUUGUCGGAUCUGGAGGCCACCUUGUUGGAUCAUGGGAUCUCGGCAAACACAAGUACACACCAAAGAUUCAGAGAAUUCAAUUUCAAAACCUUCCGGAGCUGAGCAAGGCCAAGCGGGAGCUUCUGUACUCGAGCAACACAAGCGAACACUUGGUGGAGUCAAGAACCACCGGUGAAACUUUCAUGGUUAAGUGGUACAAAAGGACGGCCAAGACCAUCUACGGCAUAGAGAGAAUGGAAACAAAAGCUUUAAUGGUGUUCAAGAUUGACGAACAAGGUAACGCUGUUUACACUCAAGAUAUUGGUGAUCUCUGCAUUUUCCUCACAAGGUCUGAAUCUUUCUGUCUCCCUGCUUCCUCUGUUCGCCACAUGCGUCCUAAUCGCGUCAAACUCAUAGAUGUCGACGAAAUCACUAUUAUCGAUCUGGCUGCUCAAAAGUGGAACUGA